GUGGUGGUGAUGAGGGGUAUGGCUGUUCCAGCCCCAAUCUGCUCUCUGCUGGGCCAACCCGCUCUGCCUCUCCUGUCUGCCGAGGGGGACAUCAACAUUGGGGCAGUGUUCGGUCUACAUAGGAAUGCCCUCUUCAAGGUCCAUUCGUUCACCUCCAGACCAGAGAAAACACCCUGUAUCAGUUUCAACCCACGUGAGUUCCAGUUUGCACAGACCCUGAUCUUUGCCCUGGAGGAGAUCAACAACAGCAGUGAUCUUCUCCCAGGUCUGUCUCUGGGUUACCAGGUCUAUGACUCCUGCAGCUCUGCCACCCUGGGCAUCCACUCAGCCCUGGCCCUGAUGAACAGCCCUGGACCUGAGGACAGCCUGGGAGACCCCUCCGCCUGCUCCAGAUCUCCAGCCGUGUUGGGCAUUGUAGGGGAGUCAAGCUCCACAUCCACCAUCGGAAUAUCAUCCCUGGUCGGACCAUUCAGCAUCCCUGUGAUCAGCCACUUUGCCACCUGUGCUUGUCUGAGUAACAGAAAAAAGUUCCCCUCCUUCUUCAGAACCAUCCCCAGUGACUUCUACCAGAGCAGAGCCCUGGCAAAGCUGGUCAAACACUUUGGAUGGAACUGGGUGGGAGUGGUGAACAGCAACAAUGACUAUGGAAACAACGGCAUGGCCACAUUCAUGGAGGCAGCGUGGCAUGAAGGGGUCUGUGUAGAGUACCAAGAGUCCAUACACCGCACAGACUCCCGAGAGAAGCUCCUGGAGGUCGUCAAGGUGAUCAGGAGGGCCACAGCCAGGGUGGUGGUACUGUUCUUGACCUUGGGGGACCUCAUACCCCUGCUGAAUGAGUUGGCUCUGGAGGGAGACCCAGGGCUGCAGUGGGUGGGCAGCGAGUCCUGGAUCACAGCCAGACUGCUGGCGGAUAACAAGGCCUACGACUUUCUGAGGGGGGCGGUGGGCUUUGCCAUCAGGAAUGCCAGGCUGGAUGGUCUGGAGGGGUUCCUAGACAAGGUGCACCCCUCCCAGACGCCAGAAAACACCCUGCUCAGGGAGUUCUGGGAGUCUGUGUUCCAGUGCUCCUUCGAGGGGGGCAGCAGCACGCUGUGCACAGGAACAGAGAGCUUAGCAAAGCUGAAGAACCAAUACACUGACGUGUCAGAGCUGAGAAUAUCGAGUAAAGUUUACACAGCUGUAUAUGCCAUUGCACACGCUCUACACAACCUACUGACAGACUUAAAGAAUCACACAGACAGUGGCAACAUACCAGUCUACACAUCACAGCAGGUGCUACAGUACCUGAAGGAGGUGAGGUUUAGAGUAAAGACAGGAGAGGAGAUCUGGUUCGAUGCUAACGGAGAUGUGGUGGCGUGCUACGACCUAGUGAACUGGCAGCAGGAUGAGAAUGGGACCCUGCAGUUCCAUGCUGUGGGGCUGUAUGAUUCCUCGAUGCCCCCUGAACAGCGCAUUACCUUCAACAAGAGAAAACUGGUCUGGGCAGGGGGCCAGGCAGAGGCACCUGCAGGGGUGUGCAGUGAGAGCUGUCCCACAGGCACUCGUAAGGCUGUACAGAAAGGAAAGCCUGUAUGCUGUUAUGACUGUGUACCAUGUGCGGAGGGAGAGAUCAGUAAUAUCACAGAUUCUAACGGCUGCUAUCGAUGUGACUUGGAUUAUUGGUCAAAUGAAAAAAGGGACCGCUGUGUGUUGAAACCAGUUGAAUUCCUCUCCUAUGAAGAAAUGAUGGGCAUAGUUCUGGUGUUUUUCUCCUUACUGGGGUCUGGUGUUACUACUCUGGUAGCUGUUGUGUUUUCAGUUCAUAAGGACACCCCCAUCGUCAGGGCCAACAACUCUGAGCUGAGCUUCCUGCUGCUCUUCUCCUUGACUCUGUGUUUUCUGUGUUCUCUUACUUUCAUUGGCCGGCCCUCUGAGUGGUCCUGUACGCUGCGCCACACAGCGUUUGGCAUCACCUUCGUCCUCUGCAUCUCUUGUGUUCUGGGGAAAACAAUAGUGGUGUUGAUGGCCUUCAGUGCUACACUUCCAGCCAGUAAUAUCAUGAAAUGGUUUGGUCCUCCACAGCAGAGACUCAGUGUUCUGGCUUUCACUCUCAUACAGGUCCUGAUCUGUGCUCUUUGGUUAACAGUCUCCCCUCCUUUCCCCUACAAGAACAUGAAGACCUAUAAGGAAAAGGUCAUUCUAGAGUGUGAUGUUGGUUCAGCUAUUGGUUUCUGGGCUGUGUUGGGGUAUAUAGGACUCCUGGCUCUCUUGUGCUUUGUGCUGGCUUUUCUGGCUCGAAAGCUGCCUGAUAACUUCAAUGAGGCCAAAUUCAUCACCUUCAGCAUGCUCAUAUUCUGUGCAGUCUGGAUCACCUUUAUCCCAGCUUAUGUCAGCUCUCCUGGGAAGUUCACUGUAGCUGUGGAGAUCUUUGCUAUUCUGGCCUCCAGUUUUGGUUUACUUUUCUGCAUAUUUGCUCCUAAAUGUUUCAUUAUAUUGCUGAGGCCAGAGCAAAACACCAAGAAACAUAUGAUGGGGAAGACGUCCAAUGACAUACGAUAUUAA